UUUACUGGUUUUCGUCAUAUCCUUGGUCUAUUCGAGCUAUAUCUUUCCGAAAGCGGUGUAGACUCCACUGAGAAGAGGCAGUGACAGCUGAAGAGCGAAGAGGUAGUAGUAAUAUCUCUUUCGGUAGAGCAGAGAAGGAGAAACAGUUGCAUAAAUUUGGUAACAGUAAGAAGAGUGUUGCAGAAAUGUCAGAACCCUCAUCAACAGCUGUUUUGGCCCCUUUCCAAUUUCCUUCUGGCGGGCCAAGUUCACAAAUGUGAACUUUUUUAUAAUCCUUUUCCCCUUUUUCUUCUUAUUUUACCUCCACUUCCAUUGAGCAGAGCUGUAAGAGAGGCGCACGUCUUCCAUUUGUCUUCUUUCUGGUCCAAGAAUAUUACUUUAUGAUUUCGAUUCCAUUCUUGCAUUUCCUUUUCAUUCGCCAUCAUUAUAUCGCUUUUCUUCUCUAAGUAUAUUGCCCGAGAGUCUUGUGAUUCUUAUAACUGCAAGUUUAUCCCAUCCCCAACCUCUCAGCUAUCGGAGUUUUAUAUUGGAUUUUGUCUUCUGAGUCCAAUGAAGCUGUGUUCCGAACUUGAAGUUGACGUCAAUGGUGAAGACAUUUUUUUUGUUAACAAGGAAAUACUUUGUUCAUUCUCCAACAAUUUAAACAAAUUAUUAAGCAAAUCUCCAGAAGCAUCAAUCACAAAACCUCUGAAAGUGAUUCUCCAUGACUUACCAGGAGGGGAAGAGGCCUCGGAGCUCUUGACAAAGUUCUGCUUUGAAAAUGGCAGAAUCCUAAUCACUCCAACCAACGCUUGCCUGCUAGGCUUUGUAGCUCAAUCCAUGGAAGUAAUUGAAAAUGCUGAUUCCCUCAAGGGUUUAAUCAAACAAGCUGAGAAAGCUGUUCAGUGUAUCUCCGAUUGGUCUUGGCCUGAAGUCUUAACAGCUCUACAACAAUGCCAAAGUUUUUUUCCGUUUUCUGACUCUUCAGAAAUCCUGGACAAAGUACUUGAUUCUCUUGUAGCUAGAAUUACCACAGCAAGUGAUUCUAGCCCUUCAACUUGUUCACCCGACAGCUCAGUCCUCCGCAGAUCUUUUGAUACAAAGAGUAACAUUAGUUUGAAGAACAGCCAUCAUCGAGCUUGGUGGUUCGAAGACCUCGUCAUUUUAAGCAUGGCAAUGAUUGAUAAGAUUAUUAGAAGAAUGAUUUCUUUGAAAGUAGAGCAUGCCAAAAUCAGCAGAUUUCUCUUUUAUUAUUUGAAAUGCAAGCUAUCAAAUUUGGCUUCUGAUGAGAAGAGAAAGGUGACUGAGACGGUCAUCGAGCUCCUCUACUCUCUACACAGAAACUCGGUAUCUUGCAAAGGCUUGUUUGAUAUUCUUCGCAUCUCUUCAUCUCAAAAUCUUAGCAGUUGUUGCAGGGACAGAUUGGAGAUUAUGAUUGGCAGUCAGAUUGAUCAAGCUACUUUGGAUAAUCUACUGAUUUCUUCUCCUACUAAGACUGAAAGCCUUUAUGAUGUGAACAUACUCCUAAGGUUCUUGACACACUUUCUUUCUUGUGGAGGACGAACAACAUUAGCUCGAUUGAAGAAGGUUGCAGGCCUUCUGGAUUUGUAUAUGGCUGAAGUUGCACCUGAUAUCUUCUUAAAACAUUCAAAAUUUGUAGAACUAAUCACAGCACUCCCUGACAUCGCAAGGGAUUCUCAUGACUCCUUGUAUAGAGCCAUUGAUAUGUUUCUUCAGGUUCACAAUAGAUUGACAGAAGCGGAGAAGAUGAAGAUUUGUUGCACCAUUAAUUAUGAGAAGCUCUCGUUACAAUCUUGCAAGCACCUGGCUCAGAACUCCAAAUUUCCACCUAGAACUGCAGUUCAAGCGCUACUGUCUCAGCAAUCCAAAAUCAAGGGCCUGCUCGAAGAGUCCAACCACUUCAGAUCCUUUAAUGGUGAACAAAAACAAUCAAAAGAUGGAGAACAGAUCAUUCUGUAUGACAAGAAGGUAGAUCCAUUGAUGGAAAAUGAAAAGCUCAGAGCUCAUCUCCAAGGCAUGCGGUGGAAGGUGAUAGAGCUAGAGAAGGCUUGCAGGAAGAUGCAGAACCAGAUGACUAAGAUGGUGAAAACCAAGUCUUCCUGUCCGACAGGCUCAAGAUCACUUCCCAGGCUCUGCUCAUGAUUAAAGAUCUCUGAUUUCCUUUAUUUUUGGCUUUUAUUCAUAGCUAAUCUGUACAGCGUACAUUGGCAUUUUGGUUUCCCAAACCUUUUUGUAUGGACGAAAAGGUAAAGCUGGUGGAGAGCUGUGUGAAAAUGAGAGCUUUUUGGAUUGUUCCUGCUUUAAUUGCUCGUUGACAAAUCAAUUUGUACAGCUUUUGCGAAGCUUUCUUCUUCUUUUAUCAUCUUUUCAGCCACAGUUUUAUCUUUUUAACAUCU